AUGGCGGCUCAAACAGGACUGGCAGCAGCACCGGCUUUUGUAAACCGAAGUGAUGUUCCUGUUUUCCCUCAGGUGCCUCUGUCAGCUGAGGCCGCCCCGUUCACUCCCCUGGGGACGGACGAGUGGCAGCUCAGCUCACAGUCCGAUGUCGAGAGACAGUUUUCCCGCUGCGCCAAGAAGCUCCGAGCCCUGCUGGCAGAUUCCAGCCAACUCAAAGAGGAGCUCAACCUGCUGUUUGACCAGCUCCUCUCCGAAAACUACAACACCAGCUUCGACCCCAACAUCAACAUCCGCCCGGAGGAGGUGUGUUCCCUGCUGAAACAUGCCAGCUGUCUUGUGCCACUGAGUCAAGAACACUUGGUCAUCAAACUAUGCCAGCUAGUACAUCAUCUACUCAAUCAGCUGAAGGUAAUAAUGGACGAACUGACACUGGAUGUGUUAUUGAACUAUACUACCCGUGCGUUGAAAGUGUGCAGUACAUGGACACACUCCGGCAUCCUCCUGGCACUUUCCACGAUAGUGUAUGGGAAUGGACCUCAGUGCCACCAGCACCUCAAUGACUUACUAGGUGAAGAUGGACUCCUCCUGCUUUAUAGUUCUCCAUCCCAGCCAGAUAUGGAGUUAUGCCGUGUUGCUCUCACCUGUAUGGCGAACAUCUGUCUCAGGAUGCCCGGUCAGCCACAUUUGGAUGAUAAAUACAAAAGUGUUUGUUUCAGUGCCUUCCUGAAAACACUGCACUCACCCAAACCUGCAGACACCGAUCAGGUCUUCUAUUGCAUGGUGAUCCAGGCAGCACUGAAGGGACUCCAGUGUUGUCUUUCAGGUGGAAAGUGGAAAUUUGGAGGAGGGGAAGAGCUCGGCUCUGUUCUGGCGGCGCUUAAGAGGCUCAUGUUCCAGGGAGCUCCAGGUGUGAGUGUUGAGUGGCCAGCUGUGCUUUACCCAGCACCUCUCCCUCAGUAUGAGGGUCUCAAGACCACUGAAACACCAAAACCCACUGAACAACCAACAAACACUGCUGUGCCAGGAAAAGUCUCAGGGAAUAAAAAGAGGAAAUCCAGAGGAAAGGGGAAGAAGACAGGCAAAGAGGAGAGCAGAGGGGAUGAUGGAGAGGAGGAUGAUGAAGAGGUGGUGCCAUCAUCUCAGAAAACAGGGGGAAGAGAGGGAGGCAGAGGUGAAGGAGAGGCCUCAUCAAAAAUGUCUUUCUACCCCUCCUGGAAGCAGAACACUUCUGACUCAGAGUUUUCAGACCCAGAGGGCACUGCACAGGGCAAAUUAAGACUGAACCAUGGCCGUGUGCGUCAGAGAGCGCUGCACUGUCUGCUAGCUGUGGUGAAAGGUGUAGAGAAGCGGACUCUGUAUGGGUAUUGGUCCUCCUUCAUCCCUGAUGCACCUAUUGGAGGAACGCCGCCUCUCACUCUUCUCACAAUUAUACUUAAAGACCCCUCCCCAAAGGUACGUACGUCUGCUCUCCAGGUGUUGUCAGCCAUGCUGGAUGGCUCCCGUCAGUUCCUGGCUGUGGCUGAAGACACAUCGUCUCCUCGUACAUCUUACACCCCUUUCUCCUUCUCCUUGGCGACUGCCAUCAGAGAGCUGCACCGCGCCCUCAGUCUAGCUCUGCUGGCUGAGACGUCACCUCAGACACUCACACAGGUCAUAAAGUGUCUGGCCUCCCUGGUGGCAAAUGCGCCCUACCACCGCCUCAGACCUGGUCUGCUCAGCCCAUUGUGGAAGCAGAUGCGUCCCUACAUGCGCCACAGAGACGUGAAUGUGCGUGUGUCCGUCCUGACGCUUUAUGGGGCUGUGGUGACGACUCAGGCUCCUCUCCCCGAAGUACAGCUCCUCCUCCGACAGCCGGAGAGCAGCGGCGGUGGCUUGUUCACACCCCAGGACUCAGCUCUCAGCUGGAGACAGAGAGAUGGAUCCACACCCACCCAGCGCUCUUCUCAAACACACUCACCCCACCUUCUUCGAACACCGGGGGAAGAUGACAACACCUCACCGUGGCUGAUGCAGCUCUGUGUGUCACUGGUGACUCAGCCCAGAGAGGACCAAUCAGACAGCGAGGGAGGAACAGGAGGUGCUGUUGCUUUACAGCCCUCCCCUGUACGACUAGAAGCUCUACAGGUUCUGUCCCACCUGGUUCGGGGUUAUAUCUGUCUGGUGCAAGCAUAUCUGUGUGAGAUCGGGCAGGUGAGCGCUAGCUGCCUCGGGGAGACGGACCCCUCCGUACAACUUCAUGGAGCAAAGUUGUUAGAGGAAUUGGGGACAGGAAUAAUCCAGCAGUACAGAGCAGAGAACAAUGUGCCCGAGAGUUCGAGGGUCCCACUGAGCCAAGUGGUGCAGUUCUGGUCAGAAGUCUUGAGCGGGCCGCUGAACAGAGCGCUGCAAAGUGAACAACAUCCCACGCUGCAGACGAGCGCCUGUGACACGCUCUCCUCCAUCCUGCCGCAGGCCUUCGCUCAGCUGCCUGAAAAGAACCAGCUGAUGUGCAUCACCGUGCUGCUGGGGCUGACCUACAGUGAAAACUACCUGGUGAAGACCGCAGCUGUUAGGGCUUUGGGAGUCUACAUACUGUUCCCUUGUCUGAGAGAGGAUGUGAUGUUCGUAGCGGAUACAGCAAACACUAUCCUCGCUGCCCUCGACGAUCGAUCUCCAAAUGUCCGUGCCAAGGCUGCCUGGUCGCUGGGCAACCUGACAGACACACUUAUUGUCAAUAUGGAGAGUGUUGGUGUGGACUUCCAGGAGGAGUUAUCAGACAUGCUGCUGCUCAAGAUGUUGCAAGCAGCCACCCGCUCAUCAGCUGACAAAGACAAGGUGAAGUGUAACGCAGUACGAGCACUUGGGAACCUCCUCCAUUUCCUGCGUCAGAGUCAGAUGACCCGGUCUGUGUUCCAACGCCCGCUGGAAGACGCAAUCCGUGCCCUGGUGAAAACGGUCCAAUCAGUGGCCACCAUGAAGGUCAGAUGGAACGCCUGUUACGCCUUGGGAAAUGCCUUCAGAAACCCCGCCCUGCCGCUCGAUUCAGCCCCGUGGUCUCCUGACGCCUUCUCUGCCCUCUGCAAUGUUGUUACUUCCUGUAAGAACUUCAAAGUGCGGAUCAAGUCUGCAGCUGCCCUGGCAGUUCCCGCCGACCGCAGCUGCUACGGCAACACAGAACAGUUCAUCUGCGUGUGGCGUUCUCUGGCCAAGGCGCUCGAGAACAGCGAGGACACAAACGAUUUCUUAGAGUACCGCUACAGUGCCAGCCUGCGUCACACGCUCUCACAAGCACUCCUACACCUGCUCAAGCUCAGCCAGUCGGAGGACAUGCCCACCCUCGCCGCGUCGCUGUCUGGGGAGGAAGGGAGUGGUAUCAAGGAGCGUUUGAUUGUAUAUCUCAGAGCGGAGGAGGGAGGAGAGGGGACAGAGGGGGAUAGAGACACAGUGGGGGACAGCUUCAACCCCCAGCAGAGAAUCACAGGUGUGCAUCAGACUCUGAUCAGACUGAAGGAGUUGAAGGCUGAAGGGGACGGACAGAGACAGCUGGAGAGCAGUAAGGAGGUCGUGAUUGGUUUCUUGGAUGAUUUGCUGAAGACCUGUGAGGAGAGUCAAGAGUUAGAGUUAAAGAGCAACAUCUCCAGCUGCAGCGUCGAGUUUCAGAAAACUCUCUGAGAUCACGACAGCUCGUCUCUCAGGUCGGGACAGAUCAGAUCAGAGCAGGCAAACAGUCGGAGGAGAAACCAUCAGUUUCAUCAUCAUCA